GUCCAGUUGCAGUUCAACUGAAGUGCUGGGACAGCUGAGGAAGUCUGCUAAUCCGCUGGGUAGGACUGGAUACACCCAACCUUUGACUGGACACUGACAGAGGGAUAGUUAGAGAGUUAGAGUAAGGGCAAGCCCAAAGGACUAGUCACUAGCUCAGCUGAGACAGUCUAAUACACUGAGGAGCAAAUAUGGCGAUGCCUAUAGACCCCAUGGAAGAGCCGAGGAUUUACCAGCAAACACUACUGCAGGACGGCCUCUACGACCUGCUGGAAAAUGACACCAUGGUGGAUUGUGUGCUGAAGAUUAAGGAUAAGGAGUUCCCCUGCCACAGGCUAGUGCUGGCCGCCUGUAGCUCCUACUUCAGGGCGUUCUUCCAGUCUGGUGUGGAGGAAAGCAAGCAGAGAGAGAUCGUUCUGGAGGAUGUGGAGCCUGGGGUCAUGGGCAUGAUCCUCAAGUACCUCUACACCUCCAGCAUCAACGUUACAGAGCACAACGUGCAAGAUAUCUUCGCUCUGGCCAACAUGCUCCAGAUCCCCUCUAUUUUCACUGUCUGCGUAUCCUUCUUGCAGAAGCGUCUGAGCCUAAGCAACUGCCUGGCCAUCUUCCGUCUGGGCCUGAUGUUAGACUGCCCGAGGCUGGCUGUAUCUGCCAGGAACUUUGCUUGUGAACGGUUUCAGUUGAUCUCGAAAGAUGAGGAAUUCCUGCAGCUGAACCCCAGUGAGUUGGCAGCCAUCCUGGCAUCGGACACGCUCAACGUCGAGACAGAGCAGUCUGUAUUCGAGGCCUUGAUCAAGUGGGUUGCCCACGACAGGGAGAAGAGGCUUGAUGAGCUUCCGGGUCUGGUGGACUGCGUUCGCUUCCGACUGAUUCCCCAGGACUACUUCUCUGAGAAAGUGGAACAGCACGAAUGGCUCCAGUCUAACCCUGAGAUUGCAGAGAAGCUCCAACUGGUCAAAGACGCCCAUGCCGGGAAGCUUCCAGAACUCAAGAAGACCAAAAGCAAGAAAAGCGAGAAGAAGGGAGAUGAUGAGGGAAAGAAAGAUGGAGCAGAAGAGGAGGAAGAAGAGCAGGAACUGCUUCCCGGAAUCCUGAAUGAUAACAUGAGGUUUGGAAUGUUUCUUAGAGAACUGGUAUUCAUGAUAAACGACACAGGCUCUGUGGCUUAUGACCCUACCGGAAACGACUGCUAUGUGGCAUCGCUGUCCACCCAGAUACCAAAGAAUCACUGCAGCCUGGUUACCAAAGAGAACCAGAUCUUUGUGGCAGGAGGACUUUUCUUCAAUGAGCAAAGUAAAGAUGAAGAGCUCUACUCAUACUUUUUACAGUUUGACCCUGCGAGUUCAGACUGGCUGGGCAUGCCCCCUAUGCCCUCCCCGCGCUUCCUGUUUAGCAUGGGUGAAGCAGAGAACUGCAUAUUUGUUAUUGGUGGGAAAGAGAUGAAAGAAGGGGAGUGUACACUGGAUUCAGUGCUGAUUUAUGACAGACAAGCUUUUAAAUGGGCAGACUCAGUUCCAGUCCCAUACCCAGUAUAUGGCCAUGCAACAGUGUCUCACAAUGGACUUGUCUAUGUUAUAGGAGGCAAAGGAGACAGCAAACAGUGUUUAAAGAGAGUGUGUGCCUUCGACAUAAAGAAAGGUGAAUGGAAGGACCUCGCUCCACUGAAGACUGCACGGUCUCUGUUUGGUGUAACUGUCCACAAGGACAAGAUCUACGCUGCUACUGGUGUUACAGAAACUGGACUGACUGGAAGUGUGGAGGUUUAUGACAUUGCAACAAACAAGUGGUCUGACUUUGUGGAGUUUCCUCAGGAGAGAAGCUCCCUCAGUCUGAUCUCAGUGGGUAACGUUCUUUAUGCUGUGGGAGGAUUUGCAAUGAUUCCAGGUGAAGCUGAGGAGGAGCUCACACCAAGAGAAAUGACUGAUAUAUGGAGGUAUGAUGAAGCGGAGCGGAAAUGGACGGGCAUUCUGAGAGACAUUCGCUACGCGUCUGGUGCCACAGUGUUGGCCGCCCGCCUGAACACACUGAGACUCACUAAAAUGCCAGAAUAGACUGAAACACUGAAGCAACAUUCUGAAACCAGCUGCCUUUUUUUACUUUUUCUCCCCAGUUUAGUAAUUUAUAAUUCCCAAAAAUUAGCUAGGACUCCCCAUUACAUGAGGUCAGUGCUGGAAGGCUGAAGACUAGAAUGAAACUUCAACUAAAUAGUUUGGAACUACCGCUUACCGAAUUUCAUCAGACUCAACACGCUUGGAGGAGAACACUAGCUGUCAGUUCUCUUACAUCAGAUAACAGAUGCCCCCACCAGCUGGUACAGCACAGGUAAAUAGAGUGAUGGGGAGAGAUAAGAGUUUGAUUAUGCUCUUUGAGACUCCUGGCCACAGAUGGCGCUGGCAUCACAUGGGAUGGAGAAUACAAUUUUCUAAUCAUCAGGAGCCUGUUCAGAAGAUUUUUUUUUCUCUAUGCCAAGAGAACCUUUUCCAAAUAUUUUGCAUUUUUCUACUGAUGUAGGCAGUUUCUAAACUAUAGUGGCUAGGCCAAUAUAUUUUUAAAACAUACUGUCCCAUACGACAUAACAAUAUUAUCAAUUAAAACCAUAUAAAUCCACAGAUAUAUUGAUGAUAAAUGAUCAUAAUCAUGCAAUUACACUUUUACAACUUUUAAUUAAUAACAGUUUGGGGCAUGUAUGUUUGUGAUUUUUGCCUGCCUGAAGUUUGCAGUAUUUUCUUUUCAAAUGCUGUUUAUUUUAUCCAGCGUAACUUGCUACAGUAUUGCUGAUUUUUAUCAUUUUUAUUUAAAUAAACAUACAAACACAAUGGGCAAUAUUGAAGAAAUUUAAAAUUGCCAAAAUUUAAAUUGAGGUUAUUUCCACAUAUAAGAAACAGAUGGUGAGAGUGAUAAGCCCACAGUAGAUCACAAAACUAUCGCUUUUACACUCAUUCCAUAGAGUAGACUUAUGUACACUCAAACAUCUGUAGCGAUUUCAUGCAAAAACGUAAUCAUGUAUUGAAUGUAUGUAUUAAAUGGUUUUGUGAAAUUAUAGUAUGAUAGCCAUUCUACAAUGUGGUAUUAACACUUUAUUGCUCAGUGUUUUCAGUUGUGUACUAACUAAUGUUUGUAAAAGGGAUUAGCUGCAGACAUGCACAUACAAGACAAGAGAAAACAAGCACAGCGAGGUUUGAUAUAAUGUUUAAUUUAGUUUACUAUUGAAAUUAAUGUUUUAUUUUGUUCUGUUACAAACAGUAAACACUAACUGAUACCAUAAAUGACAUAAAAUACAGUCUAAUGUUAUUAGCACCUCUAGACACUAACGUCCUCGUAUUGUUUUAAUUACUAGGUUAACAAAACCGACAUGACUACUGCAUAUGUGUGUUCUUCUUCGUACACAAGGGUUUGACUAAGACACUGGGGUUACAUAGCAAAAGUGAAGGAAAUAAUACAGGAACAGUCACUUCAGUAGGGAUUAAUACACAUGAAGGAAGAUUAAUAUUAUUACAUAUUAAAUGUUUGUUUAAAAAAAAAAAAGUAAUUCCAUCUUUGAUUUGGUUGCAACACGUUCCAUGGUACUUGCAUGGACUAUGGGUUCUCCUUGACCUUACAUCUCUUCUAUGUGCAAAUUCAUUUAGGCUUUUGUUUCAUUCUUUUCAAUCCCACAGGAAACAAAAUAAACAAGCUCAAACACUG